AUGACUGACGACUUGAUUAAAGAGGGAAUACGUCAAAUAAUUGCCGGAGGCUCAGCAGGUCUCAUUGAGGUCUGCACGCUCCACCCCCUCGAUCUAGUGAAAACUCGUUUGCAACUUCCGAAUAACAAGGGCAUGAUGCAUUGCAUUGCAUCAACUUAUAAGCAUGAAGGAGUACUUGGAUUUUAUAAAGGAAUAAUUCCUCCAAUUCUCGCGUCGACUCCAAAAACUGCAAUCCGAUUUUUAACCUAUGAGCAAUAUAAGAAGGUUCUUUGUGAUCCCGAUGUUCAUCCAACACUAGGUCUCUCAAUGGCUGGGCUACUCUCCGGAAUGACAGAAGCCGUUAUAGUAUGUCCACUUGACGUAGUCAAAGUUAAUUUACAAGCCGACCACAGCGCAAAAGGGAAAAAUACUAUUGAAAUGGCGAAGAGCAUUUAUAAUGAGAAUGGGUUUGGUAGAAAUGGCCUAUACAGAGCGGUUUGGACAACAAUGCUUCGAAAUGGACUUUUUAAUAUGUUCUAUUUCGGAAUAUAUGAUGGUUUUCAACCUAAUCUACCAGAUCCAAAGGACCAUCCAACUGCGAUCUUUUUUUCUAAGGUCUUGUUGGGAUUCGUCGCCGGUGCAAUUGGAUCAUGCAGUAAUAUACACUUAGACGUGGCAAAAACUAGGAUCCAAGGGCCUCAACCAGACCCAAAAAUUCGAAAAUAUUAUGGAAUGACACAAACAAUUCGAGUGGUAUAUAACGAAGAAGGAGCCCGAGCCCUAUGCCGAGGUUUAUUACCGAAAAUAAUGAGACUUGGACCGGGCGGUGCAAUAAUGAUAAUUGCCUACGAGCAUAUUGAUGGAUUCCUCAAACGUAGUUUUAACUGA